AUGGCUCAAAAGACAGCAAGUUCGCGACGUCCACCACGUUCAAAUGUAAACAAAGUUGCGCGUGCUACAUGGUUAACAAUUGAUUCGCCUUAUGCUGCUCCAGUUCGAGUUCGUGCUGGAAAUAGCGAACAAUGUGACCGACCAAAACUAAUUUCGCGACAAGAACGCCCUUAUUCAGCUUCACAAGUAGCUUCAACGACAAGUAGUCGACUGACUCAGCCGUCAUUGCGUCCAAGCUCUGCACGACGACAACGUCCAAUUAGUGCAAGCCGUGCACGAUACAUGCAAGUCGAAUCGAUUGCAUUUCCGUUGCAAAACUCUUUUCUUAACUCUCAUGAAGGUUGUAUCUCGCCUUCUCCUGAAAAGUCUGAGAUUCAAAUUCUGCAUGAAGUCGAUUCAACGGCGAUGCAAGUGAAACUUCACGCACUUUUGGAAAUGUGGGACGAAGAUCAACUUACUUUUCGCUCCACUGCGCUCUUUUGCGAGGCAAUGUUUAAGCAGGCCGUAGCAUUGACACGUACGAUGCCUCGUCCGAAUGCUUUCGUUUCGGCUGUAGCGUUUACCGGCCUUGCUCAAAUGGGCACAGUCUUUGCCAAAGAACACCCUUCAUUAUUGCAAAUGAUUGAUGAAGUAGGAACUGCAAUGUACUCAAACUUUCUGGAUUUUCAGCACUUUGAGAAUCUUGAAACCCAUCGAUCCUCUCUCUUUUACCAGCGCGGCAAACCUUGGUUUCAAGACAUGAUGCGUCAAAAAAUGCAGUGUGAUUGUCUACAAAACUCUGUGAUAUGUUUACAAAACGAGGUGGACAAGCUUCAGGAGAGACUUCAAGAAGUCUUGAGAGAUAAAUUGAAUGUAGCUGCAACACCCGCUACUGCUCAUGCAUCCUCUCAAUGUGAUAAUUGUGACGAAUACUCUACUUCUUCAGUUUUUCCAUUAGAAAAUCUGAGCUUGAAAUCCCAAACGGAUGAAAUUGUGAAAGCAUUUUCGAGGAUUUCGGAUGUAGAUGCGCAACACGUACUGUCAAUACUUCUUGAGAAAGCAGUGGAUCGUGACCUGACUAUGCUUCCUGAAACAUUAGCCGUGACGAUAGGAGAGAUGGAGGAGCAACAUCGACGAAAGUUCUUACGUGAGUGCUUUGAUUAUGUCACAACGAGUGAGCUUCAUGAUGCCAUACAAGAGCGAGAUGAUUUGAAUGAUGAUACAUGUCAUCAAAGUUUUGUGGAAAAUUUAAGCAAUUUACUGCAAACUCAAGUAGAUUCAGAAACAAGUAUUGAAGUAGAGUCAAGCUCGUCCGUUAAUGGGGAUGUGGCUCAAUCCGAAGAGGAUCGUAUUGGGAAGAGAGUGCACGAGUUAAUGGAACUGGUUGAAGAUGUCGCUACUGAGGUAUCGUCGUUUAAAUCAAUCCAUAGACCACUUUUGUCAGACUCAGUCUUAGAACGAUUGUCCAAAUUUGAAAAUCCGACAAAACGCCCGAAGAAAGAACAGCAGGACGAAGGACAGGAAAUAGAGUGCGAGUGCACAUGCGGUCGUCACAUUUUAUUAGAUGAUGGAGAAAGUAAAGAAGACGAGUUUUCAUUCGAAGCUUCAGUCGAUACUGAUAUUUUCAACGAUGAAGACAUAAAGAAGUACAGACCUCGACGAAAAUCGACAUUAAUGCGUCCAAUGUCUGCGUCAUUAGGACGACGAAAAAAUGCCAUUAGUUUCAACCCGCGAGCUGACUUGACGCGCAGAUCGAGUGAUGCUUUUCAUGUUUUUCCAUUAGCUGAAGUGUGCCAUCUAUUGUCUGCAAUUCUUCAUCUUCAAUUUUCACGAGAUGCAAGUGAACUUGUGAACGCAUCAAAUGCAACGUCUUUGUUUGAUGAACGCUUUGGGUUUUUAAAGCAAGGCGCUGGCCCAAUGUCCUUUAAAGCUCUUGCUAAGGAUUUCUUAACACGCAAAUACGGCAUUAAAUCUAUUGCGGUUAUGCAUACGAUGCAACUUGAGCGGUCGCUACUGCAUUAUUCCACUAAAGACAGUCACGUUCGUUGCACGCUCUUUAGCUGGUUCUUUGGAUCGGAUACGACACGCACACAGUCCAAGAACUAUGCUUUCUUUUUCUAUCAAAAGUUUUUAAAAUGUUUGAUAAACUUGAUCGCAUUAAAGAAGAAAUCUCGAUCGAAUUCAAUUGCAAGUCUCUCGGUUUCUGGAACCUCUCAGCCACUUGCGUACGGGACUUUAAUUACAAUGUGGAAUGGGUAUAUUGGAGACGGUGAGCCUAUGAAAUCUCGAACAAUUCCAACAUUUCUAGCUCUUGAGACCUGCAAACAAACUUUUCCUCGAUCUAUGCAGCGUACUGGUGAAUUUACCUCGUUUCGAGAAAAGUUGUUUCGGCACAAUUUGAGUGACAAAUCAAUCGAGUUGGAACUUUUUCUUCACAUGACGAUGACAGCAUGGCAACAAAUUUUUGAUAUUCAGAUGCAAGAGGUCUCGAAAACGAUUGCUGAAAUGGUAGGAGUUCUUGAUCUAGACGGUUUUGAACAAUGUUUAUCAGCAAAUGGAUUGGACUUUACGACAGGAGAACGUUACGAGCUGUUUGAUUUGCUGACUCUAGAAGGUGAUGAAAGUGUCGUAGAAAGCAAGAAAAUGAUACAACUCGUCAUGGAAGCCAAGUAUUUGAAUCCCUUAAGACUAUAG